AUGCUGCUCCGCUCCUUUGCAGCCAUUUCAGUCGCUACCGUCGCAGGUACAUACUUCGGAACAUCGAAUUCAACAAACGGAUCAACCAUCAUUGCACCAUGUAAUAGCCCCAUCUUUUGCCAGGGCGAACUUCUCAAGGCCGUCGAACUUGCUAGGCCCUUUGCAGACUCCAAGACAUUUGUGGAUCUGCCAACUAUCAAACCGGUGGACGAAGUCUUGGCGGCUUUCGCCAAUUUGACAAAGCCGCUGAGCAACAAUACCGAGCUGCAGACGUUCUUGAGUGAGAACUUCGGUCAAGCCGGCACUGAGCUCGUGAUGUCCAACCGCUCCAUCACAGCCAAUGCAACGUUCUUGUCAACGGUCAAUUCGAGCAUUGUGGCAGAUUUUGUCUCGCAGGUCAUUGACAUCUGGCCAAGCUUGACGCGCGAGUAUGCACCCAAGCAACUUUGCGAUGGCUGCGUCACAUCUUUCUUGCCUGUCAAUCGAACCUUUGUUGUUGCAGGCGUCGGGCGCUUCCUCGAGCCAUACUAUUGGGACUCUUUCUGGAUUGUCGAGGGUCUUCUCCGAUCGGGCGGCACAUACAAGGACAUUUCCAAGGACAUCAUCCUCAAUUUUCUCGAUUUCAUUGAGCAAUACGGCUUUGUGCCCAAUGGUGCACGCGCUUACUAUCUCAAUCGAAGCCAGCCGCCCGUCUUGACCCAGAUGGUGCGUGUCUACAUUGAACAGACCAACGAUACGUCGCUCCUGGAUCGUGCUCUGCCUCUGCUUGUCCGAGAACAAGCCUUUUGGCAGCAAAAUAACACUAUCCUCGUCAACACCACACGAGGCAUGUAUAACCUCUCUCGCUACUCUGUCCUCAACAACCAGCCACGUCCAGAAUCAUACCGUGAAGACUACGAGACUGCCAACAAUUUGACUUACUUCAGCAGUAAUGGCUCGCAAUACCCCGUUUCUGUCAACCUGACUGAAUCUCAAAAGGCAACGUUGUAUGCCGAUUUGGCAGCAGGCGCAGAAUCUGGCUGGGACUACUCUUCUCGCUGGAUUGCAAACCCAGCUGCUGCUGCAAACGGCAAUGCAGUCCCAUUGCGUACUCUGAACACGCAAAACAUCAUCCCCGUUGAUCUCAACUCGAUCCUGUACUUUAACGAGAUUGUCAUUUCAGACUUUUACAGGACAACCGGCAACAUGAGUGCGUCACGCGCAUGGGAAGCACGCGCAUACAAACGCCAGCAGGGCAUGUACAACUUGAUGUACAAUGCUUCACUCGGCGCUUACUUUGAUUACAAUUUGACGAGCAAGGCUCAAAACACCAUAACCAUCACAGGACCAUUCAAUGCAACGAAGCAAGUGGCCUUCUCCGCUGCACAGUUUUACCCAUUGUGGGCAGGUGCGAUUCCAGAUGAACUCAAGUACAACAACACGGCCUUGAAUCGCCUUUACGCCCCUGUACGGAACCAGCUCGCCAUGUUCCCCGGCGGUAUCGCAACGACUGAUGUGGCUUCGGGUCAACAAUGGGAUUCACCCAAUGUCUGGCCACCUCUUCAAUACAUCAUCAUGCAAGGCGCCCUUGCAUCCACUCCAUCAGGCGAAAAUGAUACAGACUACGAGGAACUUCAACAAACUGCAUUGACUGUAGCUCAGCGAUACGUCGACUCGACUUAUUGCACGUGGCGGUCUACGGGCGGCAGUCAUCCAAACUUGAGCCCUCCCAUCGUACAGCUCAACGGAAGUGAUCCCGCCAAUAACGGAACGAUGUUUGAGAAGUACAGCAACGCUGCUAUUGACGCUGUCGGAGGCGGUGGCGAAUACGAAGUUGUGAAAGGCUUUGGUUGGAGUAAUGGCGUAUUGCUGUGGACAGCUGAUACUUUCGGGCAGAAGCUGAAGAUGCCUGAAUGUGGCAAUAUUACGGCUGCUAAUAUUAUUUGA